CCUCGGCCCGGAGGAGGUGGGCUGGCCCAAGCGAAGCGGGCCGUUGACAGCCGCUGGCCGCGGGCCGGAGCGGUGGCCGAGAGGUGGCGGCACCCGCAGCUCGGAACCUCGACUCCGGCAGCCUUGCGGGUCGCCUCUGCCUGAAGGGCUACUCGGGGGCCAGUGGGCCCGGCGAGCCGACGGCGUCCCACCUCCCCGGCCUACCCGCUCGGACCCCGCCAUUCCGCAGAGCCAGUCGCUGCGGCUCUUUCGCGGCGACUCUUCCGGGCUCUGGCCGUCACUCCUGAGCGCUGGAGGCCUGAGUCCCGCGGCCUGGGCCGGUCCGAGCGAGCGCCCAUCGCGGUGGAUGGGUGGCCGCGGUGGCGGGGCCUGAGAGCGGCCCGGGCCCUCAGGCUGGCUGCUGGCGGGAUGGAUACCCUGGAGGAGAUCUGGGCCAACGGGACCACCUCGAUUCCCCCACACCCGGCCUCCAACAUCAGCUGUCUGCUGCUGCUCUAUGAGGACAUCGGCGCCUCUAGGGUUCGGUACUGGGAUCUAUUGCUGCUCAUCCCCAAUGUGCUUUUCUUCAUCUUCCUGCUCUGGAAGCUUCCGUUGGCUCGAGCCAAGAUCCGUGUUACCUCCAGCCCCAUUUUUAUCACCUUCUAUAUCCUGGUGUUCGUGGUGGCCCUCGUGGGCAUUGCCCGGGCUGUGGUGUCCAUGACUGUCAGCUCUUCGAAUGCUGCAACUGUUGCUGAUAAGAUCCUGUGGGAGAUUACUCGCUUCUUCCUGCUGGCUAUCGAGCUGAGUGUGGUCAUCCUGGGCCUGGCCUUCGGUCACCUGGAGAGCAAGUCAAGCAUCAAGCGGGUGCUGGCCAUCACUGCGGUGCUGUCCCUGGCCUACUCUGUCACCCAGGGGACGCUGGAGAUCCUGUACCCUGACGCCCACCUGUCCGCUGAGGACUUCAACAUCUACGGGCAUGGAGGCCGCCACUUCUGGCUGGUCAGCUCCUGCUUCUUCUUCCUGGUCUACUCUCUGGUGGUCGUGCUCCCCAAGACCCCGCUGAAGGAGCGCAUCUCCCUGCCUUCACGGAGGAGCUUCUACGUGUACGCAGGCAUCUUGGCAUUGCUCAACCUGCUGCAGGGGCUAGGAAGUGCGCUGCUCUGCGCGGACAUCAUCGAGGGGCUCUGCUGUGUAGACGCCACCACGUUCCUCUACUUCAGCUUCUUUGCGCCACUCAUCUACGUGGCCUUCCUGCGGGGCUUUUUCGGCUCAGAGCCCAAGAUCCUCUUUUCCUACAAAUGCCAAGUGGACGAGACCGAGGAACCAGACAUGCACCUGCCCCACCCCUAUGCCGUGGCCCGGCGGGAGGGCCUCGAGGCGGCGGGGGCGGCCAGCACCCAGUUCGACUCGGCCGGCGGGGUGGCCUACCUGGAUGACGUCGCUUCCAUGCCCUGCCACGCUGGCAGCAUCAACAGCACGGACAGCGAGCGCUGGAAGGCCAUCAAUGCGUGACUGCGGCCGCCCGGCUGCAGGCCUGCUGGGCCCUGAGAGGACAGGCUGGAGGGGCGGCCUGGGAGCACAGAGUCCCCGGCGGCGGAGGAUGGUGAGGGGACAGGGCCUUCUGUGGAGCGGCCUGCCUGCCUCCCGCGUCUGGAGACCUCCACUGCCCUCUGCUUGCCCUGGGCCACCUCUGCUCUCGCUGUUCCCCUUUCCACCUGCCCGUGCCCAGACUUUCACUUCCAGGGCCAGGCCUGACUGGCUGGCCCAGGGCACGGCUCUCCGAGGCCUGGCACCAGGACCGCUGUGGCCGCCUCACCCCUCUGUCCCGUCCCAUGGCGCUUUGGCCUCCUCAGAGCCCACUGUGACACGUGGGCUGAAGUCUGUAUAUUUUCUUGAUCUAGUUUUGUAAUAAAAAGGCAAAGGAGCAG